UUCCCGUUUGGUUUUUCCUCUUCCAAACUCAUCUCCCACUUCGUCCCGCUCCUCCUCUGUCCUCUCCUCUCUGCUCCCCGCCGGGAGAUCCCAACUCAAAUCCUCCUCCGCAACCGCUCCCCGGAACCCUAGAAUCUUGCUCCCUCGCCGCCGUUGCUCCCUCCCAUCCCCUCCGAGCCUUUGCUCACGGUUCCGGACGCUCUUUGCUGGGCAUAUGCGGUAGCCGCCGCGCGUGCCGGAAGAUGCCCUACCAGGACGGCGCCGGCGCCGCCCGGACGCCGGCCCCGCGCAAGCGCCGUGCCUCGGGGGAACUGCCCUCAUCCGAGCUCGUCGUCACCUACAAACGCCGCCGACGGCCACACGCGGCGCCAGCUCCGACCCCGGAACCCCUUGUGCCACCAUGGUGGCGUGCAGCGGCAAUUCUUGCCAAGAUGGGCAGCAGAUGCUGGCCAGAGCCAGACAUUGGAUUACUUGGAGGGACACAUUGGAGGGCUUCCUGGAAUCCCCAGUGUAUCCUAGGCGAGGGCCAACCAGCAUCGGCGGCAGAUGCUAAAGAGAUUGGUUCCUCUGUGGCAUUAAAAGAUGCAACUGAAGCAUCUUUUGAUGCCAACACAGCAAUGUGCAACAAUGCUCUCCUUGAAAUUUUAGUCUCGGAGAAGUUUGCAUUGUUGUGUGAUUUGCUAGUCAAAACUUUCCAUGUAAAUAAGGUUCAUCAGGUCAUCGAUUUGGUGAAAAUUGAUACCAACAUGAGAAAUGGAAGUUAUGCACAGCAGCCGGAGCUGUUCAAUGACGACAUCCAGCAGAUAUGGGAGAAGUUUGAACAAGCUGGCCGAGAGAUGUCAAUGCUGGCGAGCAAUCUUCCAGUCAUUUCACGAGCUUCCUAUCAAAAGCAAGCUUCUGGGGUUUCUGAAGUAGAGUUUCCUGCUGAGCACAGGAUAGAAGAAACAAGUUUGGUGGGUGCCAUCCACAAAAUCCCAAAGGAUUCGAAUACCACUAUGCAGUUCUCCCCAUGUGAUUCUGGUCACUCUACAAUGCCAAAGCCAACUGCAAAAUGUGGGCUUGGUCGAGUUUGCACUUGCAAGCAAUGUGGGACCAGUGCAGAAGAAGAAAAAAGCUUAAUCUGUGAUGGAUGUGAUACCACGUACCACUUUGACUGUGUCAAGCGACUCCAUCCUGCCAUGAAACAGAUCCCAGCGACCUGGCACUGUCCUGACUGCAGCAAUAAGGGAAAGGGGCUGGCUUCAGGCACCAAGAAUAAUAAUGCCCACCAUGACAGCUUGCAUGGUGAUUGUCCACUGUGUGACAAGCUCGAGGUCGUCGAGAAAACAGAACCUCCUGAAGUCGCCAGCGGAAUUGAGGUAGCAGAAGAGAGAGAGGGGAGCUCGGUGCCAAGCGUGGAGGAAGACAACGAGCCGGACCUGUACACGACCGCCCUGUCCAAGCUGUGCAAGCACUGUGGCACGUGCGAGGACGAUGACAAGCAGUUCAUAGUGUGCGGCCACCCUUACUGCCCUUACAAGUUCUACCACAUCCGGUGCUUGAGGACGAGCCAGAUCGCGUUCGGGAAGCAGAACAAUCUGGAUUGCUGGUACUGUCCCUCCUGCCUCUGCCGAGGCUGCUUCAAGAACAAGGAUGAUGAGGAGAUCGCCCUGUGUGAUGGCUGCGACGAGGCCUACCACAUAUACUGCAUGACCCCGAAGCGCACCUGCGUCCCCAAGGGCCACUGGUACUGCCCGCAGUGCAGCGUGCGGAGGGCGAGGGAAGGGCUGCAGAGGUACGAGAAGUCAGUCCUGAAGAAACAUAAGAGCUUAGCUGAGCGUGCCAGCCAGUCGGACGCUUAGCUAGUUGAUGAUGAUUGGCCAAGAGCUAGAGAAGUAAUAAGCAGAAAUAUUGUUUCGCAAGAUUUUUGCUUGGCCAAAAGCACGAUUCUUUGGCCCUCUUUGGAGGGCUAUAUAUUAUACACUGGCUUGAAUAGUUGAACCAGCCAGUCGGUUGUGCAGUUGACAAUUUUACAGGGAGAAGUCUUGCCUGUUUAUGUAGGCUGUACUGCUUAAAACAUCAGUUUGAUUUAUUGUUUUCCCACUGUGAGAAGGAACACUAGCGUUGCUGCCCCCUUGUAACUUCUGUAAGGAACGAAUGAUGCCCUUGUCUAUCUUAUUGUUACUGUUGCAUAA